GUACCCGGCCCCUGGCUCCAUCCGCGUCUCCGGGGGGCCCAACGCACCAGAGGACCCCUUCGCGAUCUGCCUGAGAAAGGAGUGUCAUGAAAAGGAACAGAAAAGAGACUUCACUGUUGGUGAAAGGGGAUUUUCCUUUCCUGGUUGGUGUUUUUGCUUCAUGAUUGGAAGAGAAGUACUUAGGUGCCGGAAGAGAUACAAUUGUAGUGUUACACAGAUGAAGCUGGUAAAGAAGAUAUUAAAGUGCUUUCUAUGUAUUACAGUAGGCUGAUGAGUAAGUAAAAGAAAUGGAUUUGAAAUGAAGGGAAAAAAUUUGAUUUUGUUUUUAAAUCACAUUGGACUUUGAAUAAUUGUUAAGGAUAUUUUUCUCUCUAAAAAUGGAAGAAGAAAAUAUUCACAAACUAAAAAACAUAAGUUAAGAAGAAGAAUUGAGUCUACUAAAUCCAAGAAUGCCAGUCACUCCAUCACCAAUGAUGGUUUCCUAUGUUAGGAAUGACUCAAUUUGAAUUUUCAAGUGCUUUUUCUCCUCUUUAUACCGUGUUUUGACUCCUCAUUUUAAAUAGAUUUGUGUAAAGAAAGUAAAUGCUGAAUCAUAGCAUUUUUGACUAUCUCACUGCUCCCUCCAUGUUGUGGAAAAUUAUUAUUACUUCUUGAAAUUUUAUCUGAAUCAAAACUGUGCCAGGGACACAAAUACACAGUGUAAGUUUUCUCUUUUUGGCAACAGCACUUGCUUUGAAUGAGCUGGAUGUCAGCUGGAUUUCACAGCGCAUAGUCUGUUUUAUCAGACUUUUCAUGUAUGAUUUAUACUUGCCAGAUAGGAAACAUAUUAAGCACUAUGUUUGACAUGUAUGCCUGAAGAAAGGCUCUUCCCCAUGGAUCAUGGCGUUAAUGUUUACAGGACAUUUCCUAUUUUUAACAUUAGUAAUGUUUGGUUUCUCUACCUUAGAAGAAUCCAUGAGCAAUUACUCUGAAUGGGCAGUUUUCACAGACGAUUUAGAUCAGUUUAAGACGCAGAAAGUACAAGAUGUCAGACCCAAACAAAAGCUGAGGCGAAGUAUGCUACAUCCAAGUUUAUAUUUCGACGCUGGAGAAAUCCAAGCAAUGAGGCAAAAGUCUCGCACAAGCCAUUUGCACCUUUUCAGAGCUAUCAGAAGUGCAGUAACAGUUAUGCUGUCCAAUCCAACAUACUACCUACCUCCACCCAAGCAUGCUGAUUUUGCUGCCAAGUGGAAUGAAAUCUAUGGUAACAAUCUGCCUCCUUUAGCAUUGUACUGUUUGCUGUGCCCAGAAGACAAAGUUGCCUUUGAAUUUGUCUUGGAAUAUAUGGACAGAAUGGUUGGCUACAAAGACUGGCAAGUUGAGAAUGCGCCAGGAGAUGAGGUUCCAAUUGGCCAUUCCUUGACAGGUUUUGCCACUGCCUUUGACUUUUUAUAUAACUUAUUAGAUAAUCAUCGAAGACAAAAGUACCUUGAAAAAAUAUGGGUUGUUACUGAGGAAAUGUAUGAGUAUUCCAAGGUCCGCUCGUGGGGCAAACAACUUCUUCACAAUCACCAAGCUACUAAUAUGAUAGCAUUACUCACAGGGGCCUUGGUUACAGGGGUAGAAAAAGGAUCAAAAGCAAAUAUAUGGAAACAGGUUGUAGUGGAUGUGAUGGAAAAGACAAUGUUUCUAUUGAAUCAUGUGGUUGACGGCUCUUUGGAUGAAGGUGUGGCCUAUGGAAGUUACACAGCUAAAUCGGUAACACAGUAUGUUUUUUUGGCACAGCGCCAUUUUAAUAUCAACAACUUGGAUAACAACUGGCUAAAAAUGCACUUUUGGUUCUAUUAUGCUACCCUUUUGCCAGGCUUCCAGAGAACUGUAGGAAUAGCAGAUUCCAAUUAUAAUUGGUUUUAUGGUCCAGAAAGCCAGCUGGUUUUUUUGGAUAAGUUCAUUUUAAGGAAUGGAGCUGGAAAUUGGUUAGCUCAACAAAUUAGAAAGCACCGACCCAAAGAUGGACCAAUGGUUCCUUCCACUGCCCAAAGAUGGAGUACUCUUCACACCGAAUAUGUCUGGUAUGAUCCUCAGCUCACCCCACAGCCUCCUGCUGAUUACGGUACUGCUAAAAUGCACAUGUUUCCUAACUGGGGUGUUGUCACUUAUGGGGGUGGGCUGCCAAACACACAAACCAAUACUUUUGUGUCUUUCAAAUCUGGGAAGCUGGGGGGAAGAGCUGUGUAUGACAUAGUUCACUUUCAGCCAUACACCUGGAUUGAUGGAUGGAGAAGCUUUAACCCAGGACAUGAACAUCCAGAUCAGAACUCAUUUACUUUUGCCCCCAAUGGGCAAGUUUUUGUUUCUGAGGCUCUCUAUGGGCCAAAGAUGAGCCACCUUAACAAUGUAUUGGUGUUCGCUCCUUCACCUUCGAGCCAGUGCAAUAAACCCUGGGAAGGUCAACUAGGAGAAUGUGCACAGUGGCUCAAGUGGACUGGUGAAGAGGUUGGUGAUGCAGCUGGGGAAAUAAUCACUGCCUCUCAACAUGGAGAAAUGAUAUUUGUGAGUGGGGAAGCCGUGUCUGCUUAUUCUUCAGCAAUGAAACUGAAAAGUGUGUAUCGUGCUUUACUUCUCUUAAAUUCUCAAACUCUGCUAGUUGUUGAUCAUAUUGAAAGGCAAGAAACUUCCCCAGUAAAUUCUGUCAGUGCCUUCUUUCAUAAUCUGGAUAUUGAUUUUAAAUAUAUCCCGUAUAGGUUCAUGAAUAGGUAUAAUGGUGCCAUGAUGGAUGUAUGGGAUGCACACUACAAAAUGUUUUGGUUUGAUCAUCGUGACAACAGCCCAGUGGGUAGUAUACAGGAAGCAGAGCAAGCUGCUGAAUUUAAGAAGCGGUGGACUCAAUUUGUUAAUGUUACAUUUCAGAUGGAUUCCACGAUCACAAGAAUUGCAUACGUCUUUUAUGGGCCAUAUGUCAAUGUUUCCAGCUGCAGAUUCAUUGAUAGCUCCAAUUCCGGACUUCAGAUUUCUCUCCAUGUCAAUAAUACUGAACAUAUUAUUUCCAUUGUAACUGACUACUAUAAUCUGAAUACCAGAUUCAGUUACCUGGGAUUUGGUGGGUUUGCCAAUGUGGCUGAUCAAAACAAAAUAACUCGAUUUGGUUUGGGCACUGAAGCAAUAGUAAAGCCUGUGAAACAUGAUAGAGUCAUCUUUCCCUUUGGAUUUAAAUUUAAUAUAGCAGUUGGAUUAAUUUUGUGCAUUAGUUUGGUGAUUUUAACUUUCCAAUGGCGAUUUUACCUUUCUUUUAGAAAGCUAAUGCGUUGGAUACUAAUACUUGUCAUUGCCUUAUGGUUUAUUGAGCUUCUGGAUGUGUGGACUACUUGCACUCAGCCCAUCUGUGCAAAAUGGACAAAGAAAGAGGCCGAAGCUAGCAAGAAGGCUCUGUCUUCUGAAGGGCACUAUUUGGAUCUUCCUGAUGUUGUCAUUACCUCACUUCCUGGCUCAGGAGCUGAAAUUCUCAAACAACUUUUUUUCAACAGUAGUGAUUUUCUCUACAUCAGAGUUCCUACAGCCUACAUUGGUAUCCCUGAAACUGAAUUUGAAUUUGACUCAUUUGUAGAUGCUUGUGAAUGGAAAGCCACAGAUAUUCAUAGUGGGCAUUUCCGUUUACUCCGUGGCUGGUUGCAGUCCCUAGUACAGGAUACAAAAAUACAUUUGCAAAAUAUCCAUCUACAUGAACCAAGUAGGGGAAAAGUGGCCCAAUAUUUUACAAUGAACAAGGACAAAAAAAGAAAAUUGAAAAGGAAAGAGUCUUUGCUAGAACAAAGAAGUAGAAUGAAAAGCUCCUUUGACAGAGAUGCUGAAUAUAUUAGGGCUUUAAGGAGACACCUGAUCUAUUACCCCAGCGCACGGCCUGUGCUCAGUCUAAGUAGUGGUAGCUGGACAUUAAAGCUUCCGUUUUUUCAGGAAGUUUUAGGAACUUCAAUGAGAGCAUUGUACAUAGUAAGAGACCCUCGGGCAUGGAUUUAUUCAAUGCUAUACAGUAGUAAACCAAGUCUUUACACUUUGAAGAAUGUUCCAGAGCACUUAGCAAAAUUGGUUAAAAUAGAAGGAGGUAAAGGUAAAUGUGGAUUAAAUUCAGACUAUGCUUUUGAGUAUGAAGCAUUGCAGAAAGAAUUAGCAAGAUCUAAAUUGAAUCCUGUCUCCCUAUUGUCUCAUUUGUGGCUAGCAAAUACAGCAGCAGCCUUGAGAAUAAAUACAAAUUUGCUACCUACCAGCUACCAGCUUGUAAAAUUUGAAGAUAUUGUUCAUUUUCCUCAGAAAACUGCUGAAAGGAUAUUUGCUUUUCUUGGAAUUCCUUUGUCUCCUGCUAGUUUAAACCAAAUAUUGUUUGCUACUUCCACAAACCUUUUUUACCUUCCUUAUGAGGGGGAAAUAUCACCAACUAACGCCAAUAUCUGGAAACAAUACUUGUCUAGAGAUGAAAUUAAAUUAAUUGAAAACAUCUGCUGGACACUGAUGGAUCAACUAGGAUAUCCAAAGUUUAUGGACUAAAUGCUGCAGGUCAGCAGAAAUUUGCACUAAUGCUUCCCAACCCUUUUUGUGGAUAUGAACUAGAAGAGUUUGUUUAUUCUGGUAUUCUGUGUGUGGGUAUAUGUGCAUGUGUGUGUGCACGUGUGUGUGUGUGUGUGUGUGUGUGUGCGUGCAUCUGUGUGGGUGUUUUCAGUCUGUUACUUGCACAGAGAAAUUAUUUUAAAAAUAAGUGUCAUAUUUUGCCUAGCAGGAUUUAUUUUUAUGUUAUUGCUUUCCUUGCCUUUGUUUCUUAAAUUUUUUCUGCUGAACUAUUUGUCCUACAUAGGUGCAGAUGAAGUUAUAUUAAUGGGGGUCCAGGGAGAUGAGAAGAUUUUAAAGGAUUUUGUUUAACUCACCUUCAUCUGUAACUGUGCUAAUCUUUUUUGGAACCUCAAACGUUACUAAAAGGCCUUGCAAUUGCUACUUUACCCAAGCAUUUCUUUCUUUCAAAAUGGACUGCAAAAGUUUCUUAUCUUCUUGAAAAGAUCUAAAACACUUCUGUCACAAAGAAAAAGAAAAAUUCCUUUCACUUUGUAUAAUAUUCAGUGAUGUCACUGGGGAAAUGGUGAAAGUUCCUAUCAGAACUAUAAAAUUCCUUCUGGAAAAUACAGAUGGAAAUUCAGAAUAAAGAUUUCUUUUUUAAGGUCAGACACCGCCUGGAAAAAGCCUCUUUAAAUUUUUUACUUAGAAAUACUAAGGACUAAGUCUGUGAACAGUCUGUGUGCGGAGGGAUGGGAGAUUAUUUUAGACAUGCCUGUCUGUUUAAAACUGUUCUUUGCCUCACUGAAACCACAGCUGUUUGCCAUGACACCACUCCCACCCUGUCCUUUCUGUCACUCUCAAGCAAAAGAGUCAGUAAUUAACUAAUUGCCAAACCCCCAGUGUUUGUAAGGUUUACUUUCUCUGAUGAUUAAUUUGGUAUUAAACUGAUACAGCCUCAAAACAAAUAUUUUUUGUGGAAUUACCACUGUAUAACUCCAGGCAAGUGAUGCCACUGUUGUUAUUUCUUGUAAGGUUGCUGGGGUUUUCUUUUUUUUGGUCUGGAAACAAAAUUGGAAAACUGCCUGACUUAUCUUGCAUCCCUUUGAGUGAGUUUACAGACUGCCAAUGUCUGCAAAAGUUGAAGGCAAAUGGGAGAUGAUGUCAGAAGCAUCUGUUUCCUUUACCAUCUGCAUUUGAUUAUAAAUGUAGCAACAUAAGAAUGUGGUUCAUUUCAUUUUUGGUAGAUUUUGAAAUCAAAAUGCUAUGCCAUUAUACACCAGUAAAGUAAUUGCAAUGUAUUGGAUGAAGACUAUCCGUCAGUGUUGAGUCAAGACUGGAUGAAAAUUUCUGUAGAUUGCAGUCUUUUUCCUGAUAUUUCAGACUACAAACUGUAGUUCCCUCAAGCUCACCAACACUUGGAGUCUGUCACUCUGACCUAGAUAAAAGUGGUUCUGUCUCCGUAGUUUGUUAUUAUGUCAAAAUGUGCCUCCAGAGUGAUAAAGCUGCAGAUGUGUUACAUUUCAACUAAACCUAACUUGGCUGUCAUUUUUCUCCUAUUAUGAUGUGAGUGGAAUCCGUUCUUCUUCCUCCACACUAAAGCUCAUCAUUUUCCCUUUAUGCUGUCAGCAUGAAUGAAAAAUAUGUUAAUACACAUUGAAGGAGCACUGAAAAAUAAAAUCAACACUUACUCUAAAGGAAAAUUAUUCUUUUGUAUUUAGAGUUAUCAACAAACACGUAAAAUAGUUACAUGGAUGUAACACUCUUUCCAUUAUUGGUCAGAGUCUCAGUGUGUGUUUUCAGUUCCCAGGAUGUGUGAAUUUGAAUUGGAUAAAAUAAAAAGGCUCUGGGUUGGAAGUAGUAUUAGAUCCAAACAAGAUCAGAAUUAUAAAUUCAUGUGUGCAGCUAUCACGGAACACAGGAGCAGCUACCAUUGCCUUUCUUUGACCAUUGUGUGGAAAUGCACCUCCAAAAGAAGAGAACCAAAUAGAUUACGAGGAGGAAUAGGGGAGGAAGAGAUGUGGAAAAUGAAAGAGCAGUUAGUUCUGAGAAUUAAGAUGGGAAUAUAUGGAUAGUAAAUUUUAACUUUCAUCUCAACAUUGCAGUGCAGAGUUGAAUUUACCUAUUUCUGUUCUUAUCCAUUUCCACCCCAGGGAAAUUUCAGACAUCACCCCUACUAACAUGACCCCUAAUGUUAAUUCUUAAAUAGAAGGCUUGGUAAAGAAGACUUUAUUGGGAAAUUCUCCUAUGAGGAGUGUUAUGCACAGCUAAGGGGAUAAUGGAUCUAUUGCAUAUGUGUGACAUCGGACUGACUCCCAAGACAUUGUCAGAUGCUGUACAUUCAGGGUAAUCUAGGAAAAUUAAUAGCUUCUGCUUAUGUUUAUUUUUAUUAACUUGCAAAUAAGGAAAUAUGAUCACUGUCUAAUACUGCUAAAGAAAAAUUUUACAAAAUGUCCUAUCUGUAAAAGCCAUGCUUUCAUUAAAAACCUAUAAAGUAUAUCACAUUUCAUUAUAUGUGAGCAAACAAUGAGAAUUUUAAAGUAGAAAUGUUGUUUAAGUUGAUUGAUUUUGAUCAUAAUUAGAAAAGUUUUCACUUUUUAGGAAAAUACAUAAAUAAAAAUGAUGUUGUAGCACCACACGUAAUGGUAAGAGUGCCUAAUAGUCUAAGAUAUAUGAAGACAUAGAAUGUGUUGACUCUUUACGGCUUAUGUUUAUGGUGACUAAAUUUCUAAUGUCUCUGACUAGUCAUUAUUCCCCUUCAUUUUGGCAGAAAAAAAUAUCCAAAUAUUUUUAUGAACAAAUGACAUCAAAUUUUUGUACAAAGGAUAAUAGGCAGUUUGGAAAUCAUAGAUUCUAAUAUCUACUCCCCA